UCAUUCCCUGGUGGCUGCUACGGCUGCGGUGGCGGCUCCCGCACGGGGAAUGGUCCCCGGGUCCGAGGGCCCGGCCCGAGCCGGGGGCCUGGUGGCCGACGUGGUGUUUGUGAUCGAGGGUACUGCCAACCUGGGACCCUACUUCGAGGGGCUCCGCAAGCACUACUUGCUCCCGGCCAUCGAGUAUUUUAAUGGCGGUCCUCCUGCUGAGACGGACUUCGGGGGAGACUAUGGUGGGACCCAGUACAGCCUCGUGGUGUUCAACACGGUGGACUGUGCUCCUGAGUCCUACGUACAAUGUCACGCUCCCACCAGCAGCGCCUAUGAGUUUGUCACCUGGCUUGAUGGCAUUAAGUUCAUGGGCGGCGGCGGCGAGAGCUGCAGCCUCAUCGCAGAAGGCCUCAGCACUGCCUUGCAGCUGUUCGACGAUUUCAAGAAGAUGCGGGAGCAGAUCGGCCAGACGCACCGAGUCUGCCUCCUCAUCUGCAACUCGCCCCCGUACCUGUUGCCUGCUGUCGAGAGCACCACGUACUCCGGGUACACGACCGAGAGUCUUGUGCAAAAGAUUGGGGAGCGAGGGAUCCACUUCUCCAUCGUGUCUCCCCGGAAGCUUCCUGCCCUGCGGCUUCUGUUCGAGAAGGCGGCUCCCCCGGCCUUGCUGGAGCCGCUGCAGCCCCCGGCAGAUGUGAGCCAGGACCCGCGGCACAUGGUGCUGGUGCGGGGGCUCGUCCUGCCUGUUGGGGGUGGCUCGGCCUCAGGCCCCCUCCAGCCAAAGCAGCCGGUGCCCCUGCCUCCCACCGCACCCUCGGGAGCCACUCUCUCAGCAGCCCCCCAGCAGCCUCUGCCCCCUGUCCCCCCACAGUACCAGGUCCCUGGGAACCUGAGCGCGGCUCAGGUGGCCGCCCAGAAUGCAGUGGAGGCUGCCAAGAACCAGAAGGCUGGGCUGGGCCCACGCUUCUCGCCCAUCACCCCUCUCCAGCAAGCCGCUCCCGGAGUGGGUGCCCCCUUCAGCCAGGCCUCAGCCCCUCCGUUACCCCCAGGACCCCCUGGUGCCCCCAAGCCACCUCCUGCUUCCCAGCCCAGCCUGGUCUCCACUGUGGCCCCCGGCCCGGGCCUGGCCCCCUCUGCGCAGCCCGGGGCACCGUCCAUGGCGGGCACAGUGGCCCCGGGAGGGGUGAGCGGCCCUUCUCCAGCCCAGCUAGGGGCCCCAGCCCUUGGUGGGCAGCAGUCAGUCUCCAACAAACUUCUGGCCUGGAGUGGAGUCCUCGAGUGGCAGGAGAAACCUAAACCUGCCUCAGUGGACGCAAACACCAAGCUGACACGGUCACUGCCCUGCCAGGUCUAUGUGAAUCAUGGAGAGAAUCUGAAGACGGAGCAGUGGCCCCAGAAGCUGAUCAUGCAGCUCAUCCCCCAGCAGCUGCUGACCACUCUGGGCCCUUUGUUCCGGAACUCGAGGAUGGUCCAGUUCCAUUUCACCAACAAGGACCUGGAGUCUCUCAAAGGCCUCUACCGCAUCAUGGGCAACGGCUUUGCGGGCUGCGUGCACUUCCCCCACACGGCCCCCUGCGAGGUGCGCGUGCUCAUGCUCCUGUACUCGUCCAAGAAGAAGAUCUUCAUGGGCCUCAUCCCCUAUGACCAGAGCGGCUUCGUCAAUGGCAUCCGGCAGGUCAUCACCAACCACAAGCAGGUCCAGCAGCAGAAGCUGGAGCAACAGCGAGGGAUGGGGGGACAGCAGGCACCCCCAGGGCUAGGCCCCAUUCUGGAGGACCAAGCGAGGCCCUCACAGAAUCUGCUGCAGCUUCGCCCACCGCAGCCCCAGCCUCAGGGCACCGUGGGGGCCUCUGGGGCCACAGGGCAGCCCCAGCCCCAAGGUACUACCCAGGCCCCCCCAGGUGCCCCUCAAGGCCCUCCCGGAGCUGCCCCCGGCCAGCCCCCUCCUGGACCCAUCCUUCGGCCCCAGAACCCUGGGGCCAACCCCCAGCUGCGAAGCCUCCUCCUCAACCCGCCACCGCCCCAGACUGGGGUCCCCCCGCCCCAGGCCUCCCUCCACCACCUCCAGCCCCCUGGGGCUCCUGCGCUGCUGCCCCCACCGCACCAGGGCCUGGGGCAGCCCCAGCUGGGGCCCCCUCUCCUGCAUCCACCGCCUGCCCAGUCCUGGCCCGCACAGCUUCCCUCUCGGGCUCCACUGCCAGCGGCCAAACGAAAGAGAGAAGGAGAGGGCCGCGUGUUUCGAGAAAAGUGGGAGCGAGCCUAUUUCUUUGUGGAAGUGAAGAGCAUGCCUACGUGUUUAAUAUGCAAAAAAAUCGUGUCUGUGUUGAAAGAAUACAACCUGAAACGUCAUUACAAAUCAAAGCACAGUAAGAGCUACGACCAGUAUACGGAACAGACUCGGGACGCGAUCCUCAACGAACUGAAAAAGGGACUCAAAUGUCAGUAGUGUUUGCUUUAGAAAGCGAUGACAGAAAUGGCACAUGGCUGCAGCGCGCUGUUCCAGAGUCACACGAGAAGAAUUACCUGGGCAUUAAAACCUGUAUCAGACGGCGAGUUUAUAAAGGAGCAGGAUGUCCUGAACAGAGACAGACUGUUUAUACCAUUAUUUAAGUCCACCGGGCAUUUGUGUUGCACAGUGAGUUGAAGAUAAAUAAGUCCAGUUGCUUGAAAGUCAAAUCAAUUGUGGCCUUUUCUAUUGCUGCUCAUGAACUAUUGCCACCCAGUUAGCUUUAUUUAUUUGUGGUGUUGAGAAUUUUGAUGUGACCGAAGAAGUCUGUGACAUGGUGCCAAGGCAGGCCCAAUGCUGGGAAAUGACUUAUUUUUUUGUGUAUAGAGAGAAAUGAAAAGUUUCACAUAGACCGGCCAGAAUUCUUAAGCACAACUAUGGAUAGUUGUAAUUCCAGGGGGACCUGGCAGGACUCUUUGAUCCAAGGUGGCAACAUUUGGCAAGGACACAGGGGUCAGGUCAUGGCAUCUAUCACCGGGAGUUGAAUUGUUCUAAGAAAUUAAGUAGAACACAUCGUAGAUGCCCUCGACGUUUGGGUCCUGUGCUUUAACCACGGGCAAGUUCAUGGUGGCUUGACCCAAUGUAUGUCACAGAAGCUCUGUGAGCUGGUUGUGGAGGAAAUCUGAACUGUUAAAGUUAGCCAACUUGGUUCGUUUUAAAUCAGGCAAAAGCCACACUCGGUUCCCCUGAGAAGGUUAGUCAAAGACUCUGGUCGAGGUUAUGAUCCUUCUGAACACUGAAUAUUUCUCCGCAAGGAUGUUCACAAACAGCGACUUGAAUGUAUGAUCAUAUUUGCUCAGUCCUGGCAAAAACGGGGAGGCCACCGGCAAGGCAAAAUCUGACUCUUUUUUUCUUUGCUGCAGUUGGUUUUCAGAAACAAAAGAGGUGGCCGGGGCUGUAUUCACCCAAGUUGUGGGGUUGAAGACCACGUUCCCCCAAAGGCUCUCUGAAUCCAGACUUUAUGACAAUGAACUAAUGCUGUCCAGAUUGCCUGUGUCGGUUAAUGUCGAUUGUGUGAAUGCCGACCACGAACAGUAGUCACUGAACCACAGUGCGGCAGGGCGCUGGUUCCUAAAUACAAUUCUGUUUGAAGAUGGCGAGAUUUUACACCUGUCUCUAGUAGUUGUCCUGAAUAUCCGUGUUGGGAAGUACUAUGCUUGUGAACAGCUGUUUUCCGUUACAAACCUGAAUCAAAUUAAAUACCGCUCCCAGUUCAAGGAUGCGAGGUUGAAUUCUAAACUGCCCAUCCCACCGUGCCAGCCAAGGCCUAAUAUUGACAUCUUGGUGCGGAAGGGAAGAUGUCGGCCUUUUGGCUCCAACUCAAAGGCGC